CUUGCCCAAGAAACCCCAAGAGUACAGAACAAAAUGAAAUUGUGGGCAAUUCCGUGGGAGAGAGGAUUUCUUAGCCGACCCUCUCCCCCUUAAAACCGGUGACACCGCCACCAGUUUCCGCCGCACUGCCUCGGCCUCUCUCUGUCUAUCGAUAUUUCUGAGUCGGUCGUUUCUUCCUCAACAUAAUCCAUUGGCGUGCCUAUUGUUUACUCUUUUACUAAGCGGUUACCAAAAUUAUCACUUUCGGGGAUUUAAAUUUGCCUCCUUCCUCGCCUUUAUUCAUACCGACAUGCGUGAAUGCAUACACACAUACAGUAUACAUACACAUACACAUAUCUUCUUGUUUUGAUUCACUGAGUUUGUUUAACGUUUUCGAAUCGUAGAUUCUUCUUUUGGAUUUUCUAUGGCGGUAUAUACCCAGCGUUUUAUCCAAGCGAAAGAGAUUCUCCUUGAUUAAUACUGUUUGAUUAUUAGGAAUUUAGGAUAGUCCGAUUGUAUCGGUUGUAAUUUGUUCUUUGGUUACAUGCAUUGAGUUGAAGGUAGGAAUUUAUAAUUUGAUUGCUUAGUUUUUAAACAAUGUUGCAACUGUUGCCGGCUGCCAUGGAUCCGAGAUUGGUAGGCGAUGAUGAAGGAACCUCCUCGAGUUUUGGUGGUGACGAUGAAAUCCGUCGUCCGAUUACAGAAGACUCCGUUUCUGGGGGGAGUUCGGAAGAUGAGGAUGAUUCUUCAUCUAUUUCUGAUUGUGAAAGUGUUAUAUCCGGAAGUAGAAUCGUCGAACAUGCCAGGAUUCAACCAGAAGGGUUGGUUCGAUUGGAUGAGAGUGAAAAAAUGUACGGGAUUAUCGAGAAAAAGUUCAUAUCGAGAUUGGAUGUUCAUGGGGUUAAGGCUCAAAUUCAAAACAUCCAUAGGAAUCUGUUCAAUACCAGCGCGAUUACCCAAGCUAGACUGAGGUGCUUCCAGAUUUUCUCAAAAGCUGUGGAGAUUAAAAAUGAAGGUGCGGCUAAUAUCAAGUAUGCUUGGUUUGGUGCUUCAAGGGAUGAAAUCAACAACAUCAUUCUGCACGGAUUUGGCCAUGAGAAUAUUCAAAAGAAUGGCUCUUUUAGUCAUGGCGUUGUUCUAUCUCCUGAUCAUUCCCCACUUGAAAGUGUGGAGUCUGCAAUUGUCGAUGAAGAUGGGGUAAAACACCUUCUGCUGUGCCGAGUGAUAUUGGGUAAAUUGGAGCUUGUGAAUCCUUCUUCUACGCAAUGCCACCCGAGUUCAGAGAAUUUUCAGUCGGGAGUCGACGAUUUGGUUUCCCCUAAAAAGUUCAUCGUAUGGAGCAAUCAGAUGAGCACUCACAUAUUGCCAGAAUUCGUCGUCAGCUUCAAGACACCAUCGAAACCUUCAAACGUGAACAGAUCUCAAUCAGAUGGAGUUCGAAUUCAGAAACCCGUUUCCCCAUGGAUCCCAAUUCCAGAACUCAUUGCAGCACUUUCCAAGAUUCUGCCUCCUAAAUCCAUGAAGGAGAUCACACAGUAUCGUCGCAGUUACAUUGAACAUAAAAUCUCUAGACGUGACAUGAUACAAGGAAUCAGAGAAUGUACAGUUAAUUUUUUAAUCCAACAAAGGAUUCUGAUUCAAUUAAUUGCGCCUAACAGAGGUUUCCUGAUUGAUUUUAAUCGAUUUCGCGUUCAAGGUUGA